GCGAGCGAGCAAGUCAGUCUGUGUCUCCGCUACCUAGUCAGCAAGUGUCCCUAUGCAGUGUGCUAGACGUUAGUGCUCAGUGAAAGCUGUGAACAGUGACAUUGGUCUCCCGAGGGUCGACCAGGCAAACAUGUACAAGGAUAUUGCACCACAAACCAAAGAUAUGGGGACGGAGGGAAUGGAUGACAGCCCAGUGUCCCCCACGCGCCCACCACCCUCGCCGCCUAUGUCCCCACACAGCCUGCCCGCCCACGCCCGCGUCUCGGCCUUCUCCGUGGUCACCCCCCACGCCAAGUCCUCGCCGGGGAAAGAAUCCGAGAGCCCCGUGGCAGGAUCCGUCCCGUCAGGUGCCCUUGUACCCCCCAGCGGGUACCUGAGCAGCACCUGGCCCUUGACCCCCGGCCUCCUGUAUCCUUACUCCUCCUCGCUCAUGAGAUCCUACGCCUCCGCCGCCACGCUGGGGUCCCUGUGGAACUCGGCGUCGCUCAGCUCACACACCAAACACUACUCAGCCGGCCCGAUGCCCUUGUCGCCCGAGAAGCGCGAGGAGCCCCUGAACCUGUCCCUGAAGAGCUCGCGGCCCACCAAGGCGGCCAUCUGGUCCCCCGCGUCAGCGCUCGAGCAGGAGGAGAAGGAGGAGUCCUUACCGUCGCCCACAGGUCGCCUCAGCCCGAUGGACUCGAGCGACUGCGAGGCGCCACACGCCCUGCACGACGACACCUGCAGGGACCCCCGCGCGCCCCCCCUCGACCCCCUCAGCCUCCGGCUGGGCCUCCGUCAGUACGCCGACUUCGUGGUUAACCUGCAGGGCCUGGCGACGCGUGACAAAGAGACAGAGGGCCCCGUGCCUCCUCGGGACGAGGGCAUCUCGCCGUCGUGGUGCCCCUCCGUAUGGCCGUGGGCGUCCGUGUACCGUGGCGCCGACGUCUACUCCUGCCGCCACUGCGCCAAGUCCUUCAACUCCCCGCUGAGUCUGGACGUCCACGUCAAGAGGACCCACUCGGCCGCCGCGCACCACAAGGCUGCCGGAGGAGACUUGUCCGACAGCGAGAAGAUCCUGCCGCCGCCGCCCAGUCUCAUCCCGAUCUCCAGCGCCAGGACCGAGAAGACUUUCCAGUGCAAGCAGUGCGGCAAGUGCUUCAAGAGAUCGUCCACGCUCUCCACCCACCUCCUCAUCCACUCUGACACCCGCCCAUACCCGUGCCAGUACUGCGGAAAGCGGUUCCACCAGAAGUCGGAUAUGAAGAAACACACAUAUAUCCACACUGGCGAGAAGCCCCACAAGUGCGUGGUGUGCGGCAAGGCCUUCAGCCAGUCGUCCAACCUCAUUACGCACAUGAGGAAGCACACCGGCUACAAGCCCUUCGCCUGCGGACUCUGCGACAAGGCCUUCCAGCGCAAGGUGGACCUCCGGCGCCACCGCGAGUCCGUUCACCCGAACUGCGAGCACAUUCCGCCUCCGCCGCCGCAGCCCUUCCCCGCGCACAACAACCACGAGGCCAACAACAACAAUAACAACAACGACAACAGCAGCGACAACAACAACGACACGACGGCCACCAACAACAAUCCCUCGUCGGAGCUGGACGCCUCAGCGACCAGCGAAACGGUCCUGGGCACGCAGAUAUAGGCCUCAAGGGCGGGAGACGGGGUUGUGCGUCCCUCAGUGUCUGUUGAAGGAAGAACCUUCCCCCAGCCUCACCACCGCGAGCCGAAAGUGGAGUGGGAGGGAGUGUAUAUAGAGAUAUUUAUAUACAUGAAGAUGUCUAGUACUAUCACGCUAAUGUAUUCUGACGGUGUACUUCAGUGUUGACUCAGCAGUGCCCGGUGGUGGAGAUCGUACCGCUGUACCACAGUAUUGCUCAAUUGAGGGCACAGUACACGGUUUUCGCACUCGGUGUGGGUGUUACACCUUUUAUACACAGUUGUGUGUAGUGUAUGUACAUUGGUGUGUACAGAGAUGGAGCCGCCGGCGUCGCCAGAGACAUGCCGAAGGAACUGUGGCAUUCGACGCCGGUGGGUACUGUAGCUAAGGAGAAAAAGAUGUGUAUUCAUUUCGUUUUUAAUUUCUUGUUGAGUUGGAUCCUUUCGAACCGUCUCGAAACUCUAGAAUCUCCGUCGGAGACUUGACAAGUUUCUUGCCUGAGUCGGGAUACGCGUUAUACUUUAUCAUCCGCUAUCUGGUCCUGACUCGUCUCCAGAACAAGAAGAUGAGGCGCCGACCUGUCAUGCCGCCUCGGGCGACGGCCUGGGCACGGACCGGGGCAGUCUCAUAGUCAUUCGCGAGGUACAAACCCUUCAGUAUUAGAUAGAAGAAAGCAAGAGGACCGCACCCAAGUGUGAGCUCUUCCUCCUCGAACCGGGCGGCUUUGCGCUCACAUUCGGGUCUGAGGGAGAGACGCAAGAAGCACCACUGGACCCUCCGGACGGCGCUGCCUUUGGAGCAGCGUUCAUUGGCCUCGAGGAGUUCCUUCCGGGAAAACCGGCGCCCCUGUCUCCUGAGGCUGAAAGGACGAUCCUCAGCCAAUAGCGCCCCCUACGAGACCUCCUUCACACUUGGCUGAUUCCUCGCCCGCAGUCGCUGGAGGCGGGAACACCCACCUCGCUGUUUUAACUUCUGGAAGAAGAAUCAGAAGGAAGAAAGGGCAUCAAAGGAACGCCUUCUGGAUCCCGAACCACCAGCGGCCCAGAAAGAAACCGCCGGCCUCUGUCAGAAAGAGACAGACCGCAGUCGGCGACACAAAAGACCGCAGACGAGGACCGCAGCGCCGGUUAAAUUGCAAAUCAUGUAUGGCCGCAGCGCAGGCCAGUGGUGUGACUUGCGUGGUAGUUCCUCGUCACACAGUUAGGGACUAGUCAGUUAGCAUCGAACCAAAGUAAGUUGUAAGUCAGCCCUAUUUAACAUGGUGAACUAAUGACAGUGAAUUGUAUUAAUUAGGUUUAUUAUUUUUUCUCUUUCUCUUUCUUUUUUGUGAUUAUGAUGAUUAUCAUUUCUUUGUUUUUUCUUUGGUAGAGCCGAGUAAAGUGUCAAGAAAUCAGCUAAUUAAAUCUUUGCAAAUGACUUGACUUUUGAAGGUGCAAAGUGUGUAUAACCGGAGGAUUCUCUCCUGCAGAGGGACCUUUUGUAAUAAACGACACUGUACAUUGAACAGUAUAAAUUAUACGUAAUGAAAUGAAAUGUUAUCGCCGCACCUUUCCAGUCCGUCCACAAAUGAUUCAUAAGUGUUUAGAAAUGCCUUAUCUAUUAUAUAUAUAAAAAAUCAUAACUAUAGGCUUAUAUUCGCCAUCCGCGUUGUUAUCGUAAUCACGGUUAAUAGUACUAUAUUUUGUAUAUACAUGCACGGAAACGUUGUAAUUGAGCGUUCACGCUGUGCCUUCAUGAUAAAUUGUAGCCGUCUACGUCAGUGCCUUCAAGUAUGGGGACACAGUGCCACACAAGCCGCCCUCCGCCCCGCCCCUCUUUCCUCCUUUCAUCAUUCUUUCCCAUCCUCCCUUUCAUCCCCACCCCUUCCCCAAUUACUUCUCAACCCAGCUUGUUACCUAACCCCCCCUCACCCCUCACCCCUCCCUCAUCACGGGAACUGGUGACGGUCGCUGUGCGGAGUCGAAGCGAGUGUCUGAAGCCGUACCAAGCUCUUUGGUCGGGAAAUUCGUUUUUGUUCUGUGGCCCCGAUUUAUUUUUCUGUGUUCCUUUUUAUGCGAAUAUCUUUUAGUAUGUAUAUCUAUCGCCCCUUUCUUUAUGUUUUAUUAAGAACGUGGAAUUGUAAGUUGCAGGAAGGAGUACUGUGAAUCAUCGUCGAAAUGAAGUUACUGUGGAUAGUGUGUUGAUGUUAACGCCCUCCUCUCCUCCCACUCUCUUUGUCCCUCCCCUCCCUCACUCCCUCCCUCGCAAUGCCAAACAGUGCCAUGCUAGGAAGGUCACGGGGGGAGGGGAAAACGAGGAGGAGGAGGAGGCGAGGGGCGUUGAAUUCGUGAUCGUCAGGGUUUCCUAUGUGUUGCAAAGCUCUUGCAAAAUAAAAAUAAAAAAAAACAGUGAAAGCUGACCAAUGAUGAUACACCAGCGAUUUUGUUUCCCAACGAAGAGCACUUCAGCUUCAGCCUACUUCGCAUGUCGCCGCCUGUAACGAGUUUCGCCUCUCGAGUUCUUCCUCCCUUCUGACGGAGGAGAGCGGUCGCGAAGAGCAAAAGGGCUUGAACCCAAACCGACAUCGCAGCCUCGGAGUCGCUGGUCAGACAGGAAGUUCUGAGUCGGACGCGAACCAUGUACAGCGAGUAAUUUCUUGUAUUUUUUGGCUCAUGUGUUGUAAAUACCGAUAUUUACUUUUUAUUUCUUUUUUGUACAAUGCCAAAGAGAUAGUAAUUGUCUACCUUCCUCUCUGCUUCUGUCAGCCGCUGGCCGCAUGCACCCACCUGUUCGGCAAGGCAGCGCGAACUCUGUAUGAUAAAAAUCAAAUGCGGGAGUUUAUAGUGUCUUUUUAGUGUCGUCAUCGUCGUUUGUAUUUGCCUGACGCCUGGCGUUAUCUAGUUCCAUCUCCCCCUUCUUCUCCCCCCCCCCCCCUCUCCUCU